GAUAGAUAAAAGAAAAUAAUAUUACUGAGAAGUGAAACACAUACUAAAUACCUCAACUGAUAUUGAAGAUAUAGGUUGAAGGAAACAUUGUAGUAUUGUGUAAAACUGAUGGUACAUAAAUAAAAAAAUGUUGGCAGCUCUAAAAAAGAUGACAGCUCCAUGUUUUUAAUUUGAAAACUUAUUUACGCAAAACAAAAUAUGGGAAAUAUAAGUGAGGAGAAAAACCUAUAUAUUUGUAUCAAUUGUGGUAAUACUGUUAGUCGUUUAUAUUCUAAAUAUGCUAAAUCGGUAAAAUGUCUUAAAUGCGAAAAGUGUCAUAAUGUGGCAGAUAAAUACAUUGAAUUCGAACCGGUGAUUAUUCUUAUUGAUGCAAUCCUACUUUCAGAAAAAGCAGUAAGGCAUAUCCUUUACAACCGUGAUUUUAAGUUUCUUUGGAAACUUUCGACUGUGCUGCUUUUGUUAGAAUCUUUUGCUCUAUGGCGCAAGAAGCGUUUUGAACAGUUUGAAGCAUCACAAAAUGAGAUUGUGCAAGAGAAAGGCUUUUAUAUAUGCUGUUUGGAAAAUAUAAUUGACUACAUCGUGAUAACUUUUCUACUGCUUUUAGUAUCUAUGCCGCGGCGAAAACUCUUCUUCAACACCUCUACUUUUAGCGAAUUUGCUGUUACUUUAAUGAAAGCUGUUACUGUGGCUAACUUUUCAAAGUUCUUUCUGCUUCCUUUAAUGGUUUGGCGCGAAAAUACCACAUUGAUCGGCUCGAGCAUACAUAAUUUGCUAGUAAUGAGCUAUUACAUUCUUUGCUUAAUUAGCGUUUUUUCCGUGAUCACAAGACUGAACAAAUUACAAUCACUAGUCAUUGUUUUGCCGAUAUAUUUCGCAAAAAAAUAUUUAAUUCUAUGGCUGUCUAAUUUUAUUGAAUAAUAUAUAGAAGUCUUUUUACUCAAAGCCACCCAAAUUUAAAAUGUAUUAAAUAAAAAAAUCGUUAUAUAUAGUUUGCAAAUGUAAUAUUAUUUCUUUCAAUAAAUUUUUUACUUAUACU